AUCAUUGCUGCCUGUGUUGAAAUCUCCGUGGCUCAUCGACGUGCGGGUUUCGACGUGCUCGUCGAACAUCGAAGGCUGCCAUGUCAAUGGUCUUUGUUCCUCCUACCUUGAGGCCUCCCAGCAUCGUUCCGGGAGGCUGCACGAUACCUAUGCAGGGGCCUAUGCCCCACUUUGAGGCCAUGCCGCUUGAUGGGAUGACGAUGCCUAUGGCAAUGCAACCAAACUUGAACAAUCCAUGCUUACUGCGCCAGCUCAGAAUGCCGAUGCAGUCUCAGAUGGUCUCGAAGGCUCCAAUGACCUCAAUGACCUGGGAGGCAUCAGAGGCUACAUGCCACGGUACCUGGCAACCAUCAGAGGAUACCCUUCCGCCCCUGGACAGCGGUCGAUCCGAGCUCAGGUCAAGCUUGGUCCAGGAUGGAGACGAAUUCAUGAUGCUUCUGGACUCUUUGGAGGAGCGCGUUGAACUGAUGUCCAAGAUGCAGGAAACACGCAAGCGUCUGCAGGAGGUCCGGGAGCCCAAGAAGGAGCCGGAAGCCAUCGAGGAUGGAGGAUACCAAGGAUACCGAGGGUCAGAUCACCUUGAUGAGCAAGAAGAAAGUGGAGCACAGCUGCUUCUCGAUCAGUUGCAACACCUAAGUCCCACUUCCGAUGCUCCCAGGUGGUGUCGGCCGGACUUGCUGCAGCAAGAUGCCCAGCCAGCUGCUGGCAACGGUGAAGCAGACGCAAUGGACGGAAUCUCCGCUGCCGAUUUCAGGAAGCUCGUCACAGAGCUGGAACGGCACCUGCAGGAGUCGGCGAGGUUGCGAGAAGACCUGCAGAUGGAGCGGGAGGAGUCGGCGCGCUUGCGGCAGAAGCAUCAACAAGCCGUGCAGGACUGGAUGCACGAAAAAGCGAUCUUCCAAAACCAGAUCAACGAGAUGCAGAAGAGGCUGGAGAAAAUGGCCAAGUCCACGUCGAGCGGAUCAUCUCCUGGAGGCGAAUCAGGUUCCAGCGGUGUCGUGCGAAUUUGUACCCUUCGGGAUAUGUCCACUGAUCCUCUGCCAAACCAGGCUGCCACGAACUUGGCGGUGGAAGGUUUCAGCCUCUGUGGCAGCAACAUCGCAAUGUCUGAGGAUCGCAUGGUGGCCACCAGAAGCCGUGGAAGCAGGCAAUCGAUGGUUCUCGGCAGCGCUCCUAUCCAAAAGAUCUCGGCGGGCUGGUACUACGAGGUGCGGGUAUGCGAGGUCGAAAGCCGUGGCAUGAGCUAUGGUAGCGUUGGCGGCCUGGGCAUCGGAGUCACCAAGCAGAGUGCAUCGCAAAGCAUCCGAAUUCCCGACAAGGCGUUCCCCCCGUUUUCGCCCCCUUGGGUCACCGUGGGUCACGGCACGGCACGCCAGCUUUCAGAUUUGUGUUUCAUCCGGGUAGAGGAAGUGGAAGAUCUUAAGGGGGAGGAGUAUCCCGAGUUCGUCCAGGGGAGGCACUCUGAGAACAGGAAGGCCCUGACGGUGAAGGAUGGCAUCUCUAGCAGCGCGGUGGAUUUCCUACGGAUGACUCAAGAGUACAGUUCCUCGGCAACGGGUCACCCUAGAGGUCAAGAUGAGGAGGCUCUGAUCUGCGAAGUUUUGGCGUCCAAUGCCCUUUUCAGGCAUUGCGAUGCACUGCUACCUUAUGCUGCAGCGCCGAAGGCGCCUCGCAUCAAUCUGAAACCCAAAGAGGCGUGGCUGUGCGUGGCUGUGAGGGGUCUGACGCUGGAGAUCUUUGACUAUAGGUGCAAGUGGGUAACGGCCCUGUGGUCGUCUUCGGCGCCGGCCAGGAAUUCCACGAAAUGUGCUGAACGACCAACCAGCAAUGGAAGAGCAUCCGACAACUUGGUUCACCAAGAAAUCCCAGUGACCCACUUUACCUACUACUUCGGUAGGGCGACAUGUGGCCAGGUGCUGAACACCGUGGGUUUUUUGGGCAUUGCGGAUGAGGCAGAGCCCUUCAAGCCCUCAGGGCUGGAGGCGAAUCAGUUGCCAGUGCUCAAGGGCGGCGCGGGGCGCACCACUGGUGGUGCCUAUGAAAUCUAUCGGGGGCAGGCACCAUCCUCGCUCUUUGCUGAGCGCCGUGGGGAUGCUGAGAUUCGCGACGGAUUCGCGUCCAAUGCACUGACCAUUUCUCCAGAAUCUGGCUAUCCAACGCCGCGUUUCUCCGGGGCCUUCCAAGUUCUUAGCGAUGGACAGCCUUGGAACAUCAAUGACCCGGUCUUGCUGGUGCGUGAUAGCUUCAAGCGCUACUUGGAGGCUGCCUUGUUGCACCUCUCCGAUUUACAGAGGCGUUGGCCAAGUGAAAGCACCUCCCAACGCUGGCAGGUAGAAGAGCUGACAAAUUUGUGCAAAGAAUGCGGCUUGGCCUCCGCCAAGGCAGUAGUAGCCUGCGAACGAGUGCUGAAAAGCCGUUGGAACGCACAAGUGCAGCUGGAGGCAGAAGAACUUGCCAGAGGAGUUCCAAUGCCUGGCUUUGCGAAGCUCCAGCCACGAGUUCCGAGCAAAGGUGAGAAACGCGUGAAAUCGUCACAGUCGCCUCACCAACGCUGGCGCGCGUUGAAAAAAGGCGCGAAACCUUUGGCGAUCCAAGAUGUGGCGGCCAGGAGCCAGACUGCACUGAUGCCGCAGCCUUCUCCAGAUGAGCAGAUGGAAAGACGACGCUUUCAUGCUGCGGUGCGGCUGCAACGCGCCGUUCGUCGCUAUGUCCAGCGCUUGCGGCUGCGGCAGCGGCAAGCAGCGGCGGAGGCAGGGCGCUAG